UGUUUAAGCGAAAUUUAUUGUUCUAACCUCCUAAAGGGAGAGUUCUGUAUGCGAAAAAGUGUUUGGAAUAACAGGUGCUUAGUUUGUUGUGAACAAUGGAUAAUUAUAGUUAUUGGAACUAUUGGAAGCGGCCCUUGAAACUUCAUGAACUCAUGGCAGAAACUGAAAACAUUGAUGACGAUGAGUUGAUUCCUGAUACUAUUGCCGUUCUACCGCCAGUUAACGCAAAUGAAUAUAACACUGAUGAGGAUUCCGGCGACGAAAAUGAAGUGGAUAUAAACAACCUCCCUGGAAGUCAGCUGAUGACUGAAGUUGAGGUUGUAUUUGAAAACAAGGGAUCAAACCAAACUACAGUUGAGAGUGAUUUUGAUAGCGACGAUGACCUACCUUUGUCUACCUUUCUUACGAAAAAACGACCAAAAUUAUCAAAACCAAAUUACUCUUGGAAAAAAGGUGACAUCAACCAAGAUUUUCCAGAAUGGGUAAACGCAAGUGGUCCAAAAAAUUCUUUAUCUCCUUUAGAACUAUUUUUUCAGUUUAUAGAUGACGAAAUUAUUGACUUGGUUUCUCAAUGUGAAAAAGCUUCUUUCCAUAUCUUUUGUGACAAUUUUUUACGUUCAUUACCUCUGUUGGCUGAGCUGACCUACAGGGGGCUCAAAUGCACAGGAACUCUGCGAGAAAACAGACUAUCAGAUUGCCCUCUUGAAAAAUCCAGUAUGUUCAAGAAAAAAUCCCGUGGUAGUUUUGAUUAUCUUUUGGAGGAGAACCAAAAUAAUAUUGUAUUAUAUGAUCGGAUGGAUCAUCUUGUGAAUUAUCAGGAAAAGCAAACCCGCUGCGCAUUUUGCCACAAACAAGCAGCAUUCAGAUGCCAGAAGUGUGAUGUUGCACUUUUUGCAAGUUUUAUAAGUUCAUAA